CGGAAGUGACGCCAGGCGUAGCGGAAGUGCCUCCCGCCGCGGUGUUGUGCUGUGGGGAAGGGAGACGGAUUUGUAAACCCCGGAGCGAGGUUCUGCCUACCCGAGGCCGCUGCUGUGCGGAGACCCCGGGGGAAACCACCGUCACCAUGUCUGACCAGGAGGCAAAACCUUCAACUGAGGACUUGGGGGAUAAGAAGGAAGGAGAAUAUAUUAAACUCAAAGUCAUCGGACAGGAUAGCAGUGAGAUUCACUUCAAAGUGAAAAUGACAACACAUCUCAAGAAACUCAAAGAAUCAUACUGUCAAAGACAGGGAGUUCCCAUGAAUUCACUCAGGUUUCUCUUUGAAGGUCAGAGAAUUGCUGAUAAUCACACUCCAAAAGAAUUGGGAAUGGAGGAAGAAGAUGUGAUUGAAGUUUAUCAGGAACAAACAGGGGGUCGUUCAACAAUUUAGAUAUUUUUAUUUUUUCUUUUCCCUUAAUCCUUUUUUAUUUUUAAAAAUAGUUCUUUUGUAAUGUGGUGUUCAAAACAGAAUUGAAAACUGGCACCCCAUCUCUUUAGAACAUCUGGUAAUUUGAAUUCUAGUGCCCAUUAUUCAUUAUUGUUUGUUUUCAUUGUGCUGAUUUUUGGUGAUCAAACCUCAGCCCCAUUCAUAUCGCCCUCUCCUUUUUAAAAAUUAUGUGUGUGCACAGAGAGGCCGCCUUUUCCAGGACUGUGCAUUUACAGGCUUGUGAUAAAUAAGAUUGACUAAUGCGAGUGUUCAUAAUGACUUUCCAAUUGGCCCUGAAGUUCUAGCAUGUGAUUGCUUCACUCCUGGACUGUGACUUUCAGUGGGAGAUGGAAGUUUUUCAGAGAACUGAACUGUGGAAAAAUGACCUUUCCUUAACUUGAAGCUACUUUUAAAAUCUGAGGGUCUGGACCAAAAGAAGAGGAAUAUCAGGUUGGAGUCAAGGUGACAGAGGUGGUGAAAAUAAUGACUAACUCCAAAGAUGGCUUCACUGAAGAGAAAGCAUUUUAAGAUGAAAGAAAAAUCUUGUCAGAAGAUCCCAGAAAAGUUCUAAUUUUCAUUAGCAGUUAAAGUUAUUCAUGCAGAAGUGUAUACAGCAGAACGCUGCUCUUUUUGACUUUAUUUGUACUUUUUGGCCUGGGAUAUGGGUUUUAAAUGGACAUUGUCUGUACCAGCUUCAUUAAAAUAAACAAAAUAUUUGUAAAAACCGUA